GACGGAAAGAAGAAGAAAGAAGAGUGAAGAGUGAAGCUCGUCCUCUCGAACAACAAUGGCAUCAAUCGGAUCUUUAAAAGUUCAUUCCUCUGCGUCUUCUAUUUCCUCCUUCUCCUCUACCUGGAAUCACACCCGCAGAUCAUCGUCUCUCAGGAAGACACUCUCCUUCUCAUCGUCUUCUCUUACCGGGGAGAAACUCAAUCCCACGCAGGAGAUCAUCUCCAAUCUGCCGCGUUGUAAUGAGAGAAGAACGCCAACGAUCGUCUCUCCAAAAGCAGUCUCAGAUUCACAAAACUCGCAGACUUGCCUUGAUCCUGACGCUAGCAGAAGUGUGUUGGGGAUAAUCCUCGGAGGUGGUGCUGGAACGAGACUAUACCCUCUCACGAAGAAGAGAGCGAAACCAGCUGUUCCUCUCGGCGCUAACUAUCGUCUCAUUGAUAUUCCAGUGAGCAACUGCCUGAACAGUAACAUCUCCAAGAUCUAUGUCCUUACUCAGUUCAACUCCGCUUCUCUCAACCGUCAUCUCUCGCGAGCUUACGCGAGUAACAUGGGUGGUUACAAGAACGAAGGCUUCGUUGAGGUUCUUGCUGCUCAGCAGAGUCCAGAGAAUCCUAAUUGGUUUCAGGGAACUGCUGAUGCAGUGAGGCAGUACUUGUGGCUGUUCGAAGAGCACAAUGUGUUGGAGUUUUUGGUUCUUGCAGGGGAUCAUUUGUACCGUAUGGACUACGAGAAGUUCAUACAAGCGCAUCGUGAGACCGACGCUGAUAUCACUGUUGCUGCUCUUCCUAUGGAUGAGAAACGAGCUACUGCUUUUGGGUUGAUGAAGAUUGAUGACGAAGGAAGGAUCAUUGAGUUUUCUGAGAAGCCUAAAGGAGAGCAGUUAAAGGCUAUGAAGGUUGAUACAACAAUCUUGGGACUUGAUGAUGAAAGAGCCAAAGAAAUGCCUUUUAUUGCUAGCAUGGGGAUUUACGUUGUUAGCAAGAAUGUGAUGUUGGACUUGCUCAGAGACCAGUUCCCUGGAGCUAAUGACUUUGGGAGUGAAGUUAUCCCUGGUGCUACUGAUCUUGGACUGAGAGUGCAAGCUUAUCUGUACGAUGGUUAUUGGGAAGAUAUUGGUACUAUUGAGGCGUUUUACAACGCAAAUCUUGGAAUCACCAAGAAACCAGUACCAGAUUUCAGCUUCUAUGACCGUUCUGCACCAAUCUACACACAGCCUCGGUACUUACCUCCAUCUAAGAUGCUGGAUGCUGAUGUUACCGACAGUGUGAUCGGUGAAGGUUGUGUCAUCAAGAACUGCAAAAUUCACCAUUCUGUGAUUGGUCUUCGGUCUUGCAUAUCGGAGGGUGCAAUCAUAGAAGACACCUUGUUGAUGGGUGCAGACUACUACGAGACUGAUGCUGAUAGGACGCUCCUGGCUGCAAAGGGCAGCAUUCCAAUUGGUAUUGGCCGAGAUUCCCACAUCAAAAGAGCUAUCAUUGACAAGAAUGCUCGUAUUGGUGACAACGUCAAGAUCAUCAACACGGACAACGUGCAAGAAGCUGCGAGAGAGACGGAUGGAUAUUUCAUCAAGAGUGGCAUUGUUACAGUGAUUAAGGACGCUCUGAUUCCUAGUGGAACCGUUAUCUAAGAGACCGCACCUCCCAUUUAACAAUCUUCUUGCAUAUCUUGGUUUUGGACCUCGUUUUAGCUUCCAGUGAUACUAUCUGUAAUGUUAUCCGAGGUCAGGGACUAUGCAUCUCUCUGCCUUAUCCCUGAAUAAUAAUCUGUACUUUCUACUAUACAAGACCGGCUUAUAAAAAUAUAUAAAAAGCAGAACUUGCCCUCUAUGUAACAAAACUAUGAACCAGAAAUUGUUAAAAGUUGAGGUAAUACUUGGG